AUGCUGGAUGCAUGUACCACGUCCGUCGAGCAGUGGUCUCCCCCCCAAAAGUACGUCCGACGCGAUGCCGACUUCAAACACCUAGAGGCUCUUGGAGAAGCGUCGAAAGCGAUUGGGAAGAAAUACUGGUCCAAAGUCACCGAGCUUUGGAAUCUCGGGUUGAUUGUCACAGAUCGACAUUUCCGCCGCCGAGGUGCCACUACCGAAAUGAUCAAGCGCGGAUGUGCAAGGGCGGACGAAGAGCACCUUCGUUGCCGCGUGGAGGCCAGUCCCGUGGGGAGACUAGUAUACGCAUCCUAUGGCUUCAAGGAGCUCGGUACCUGGGAUGUCAAGCUUCAACGUGAUCCAGCGUCACUGCAUAUGUGGUGCAUGGGUCGAGACGCAAAGUAUUAA